ACGAUUUCUUUUUAUUUAUUUAUUAAUGUAUUCGUAUGGAAUCCAUUUUAUAUUAGCGUUGCGGUAAAUAAAUUACAGUCAGAACGUUUUAUUCGCCCAAUAAAUAAACGAUAUAUUAUACAUGUAUAAAUAUAGACCCACAUGCACUAUUAGAGCUUCUAUUAAAACCAGUACAAUUCCCAUUAUAACCUUUGGAAACCAUUACAAAUUCUAUGAGGGUCUCUGUUGUUGUUGUUGUUGGUGUUUUUUUGUUGCUAAGAUAGUAUAUUUUAAAGCAAAUGAUAUAUAUUUAAAAAAAAAAAAAAAAAAGAAACGGUUGAAUGAAUCGGUAUGUUAAGAUUAAGCAAUCAAAAGUAAGAUCCAAUCAUGUGUGACCAAUGAUACAUGAGGUAAUAAAGCGAGAUCAGUAUGUUAAGCCGAUGGGAUCGUUUUUGUGAGAUCAUCGAACACAUACACUGCAGUGACAAAUCUUUUCUUUUAGGCCUGCUCGGUUAUUUCUCAGAAAAAGAUCAUACUCUGUUUUAAAUCCGUAUCUAUUUACCAACUUGAUUUUAAUGACUUAAGAUAGAUGAGAUAUGAAGAAAGAAAUAACUGCGGCGAAUCAUCAGAAACGUAAUCAAAAGGAAAAAAAAAAGGGAAACCCCGCCCUAAUGAGAUCAUUGUAUAAAAACCUGAGCAUCGACUGGAGCUGUCCAUACUAGCAUACUUCCGCCCCCUUUCUUCUAUAGUAGCAUACGUGCAUAUUUGUUUUAGUGUUAUUUUAAUUGGAAUUCACUUUAAUUAUAAUCAAUGUAAAAAUAAUUUCGCAUUGAAUCAUGAACUUAAAAUACCUACAGCACAAUGUUCAAUUGAAAUUUGAAACUUUGUACAGCUUUUUUAUUGAUUUUAUUUAUUCUGUUAUUUCAUUGGUUUAUUUUAUUCCUUCUUUAUAUAUUAUUAGAAAUUCUUCAUUUAAAUUCAAAUAAAAAAAAAAAUGACUAACAUUUAAUUAACUUCAACGUUGAAUUCGACUUCAAAACUGGAUGUACCUUUAAUUAUUUUAAUUGAAUUUAAGAAAAUAUUCCAAACCGGGCAGAAAUGUACUUUUCUUUUCUUUUCUUUUUUUUUAAAAAAAACAAAAAACAAAAAAACUUUCUUUAAAACGUUUGUUCUUUUCGCGCUUCUUUAAAGCUCGUUUCAAACACGGUGUAUUUCCUCCAGGGAACGCGAAUCCACUUUUAAUGACAAUUUGAAAUUGCUAAUAUUCAAUCCUAUUAUUUUAAUGUAGGCCUACUAACUGUUUUUUUUUUUUUUUUUUAGUGAUAUGCUCUAUUAUAAUUUUUUUUUUAAAUUGUGUAACAUUAACGAUUAAACUUUCACUUAAUUAUUUGACAAUUUCUUUACUUCCAAUUUUUUUAAAAUCUCUCUAUAUUUUUAAAAAAUAAAACAUAGCUAUUUUUAAAAUGCUCAAAUAUCGAAAUCUAAAGGGAAAUAUCGUCAUCGUAAAUAUCAUCAUCGCUCUUAAAAUAAGAAUAAGAAUAAGAAUAAUAAAACUGAACCUGUGACGGUUCUUCAGUUGUCUCUACAGUAGAACUCUACAGUACAGUGUGUGGUUUUAUAUCCGGACCGUUUCUGGAACCCUGAAUUUAUCCGAUUAUACAAUUUUUAAUCACUCACUCACUAAUCAUCUUCCGUAAGCGCUUCACGGUGGAUCCGGAGUCUGAUCUGGGAAUCCUGGGCCGGAGGACGCUGGGAUAUUGCCUCGGUAAAUAUAUCUAGCACAGUGUUGGUCAUUCAUUUCUUAUGUGUGUCUAGAACUUGUCAUGAAGUUUAAAAAAAAAAAAAGUCGUGGUGCUUGGAACCCUUGGUCUUUCUGAUGUUGAUAUUCAGAGUAAAAUAAAUAAAUAAAUAAAUAAAUAAACCACUUCGGGACUCUGCUUCGUCACAUCAACCUCGCUGCGGAUUAUUUUCCUAAAACAGAACUCUCCCGUGUGUUUUAUUCCUCACUUCAGCGCACUAAACUAGUCCCGAAUUCCUGAAACGGAUUUUUGCUUGAACAAAGAUCGAAUUAACAUGAUCGGCUAUUUCGUUGAGGUUUUUUUUUUUUUUAAACGAGUAAAAAUGAACAAUCAGAUACGCAACACCUUUUUUCCUGCCUGAACACAUGUCUGUAUUAAUCAUGAAUCACGCUGCUGUGAGGUCUGUAUAGGAUACGCGAUUGGGAAACGUCAGGGAACUGGGAACACUGUUGCAUGUGUGAUUUAUGUGUGUGUGGGUGUGUGUGUGUGUGUGUGUGUGUGUGUGCGUGCGUGUGUGUGCAUGUGGUUUCCUUCUUGCACGAGUGAACUCAUGCACUACAAUAGAUCACAUAUGAGAUGUAAGCCGAGAUAAGUGGCAGACACGGAGGAGGAGGAGAAGGAGGAGGAGGAACUGAAACUCCUCCCAUUUUGAUUUGUGUCAAAGCUGACAGCUAGAUCACAAGAGAAGCUAGAGCACAAGAGAAGAUCUGGAAGAACAGGACAGAGGAAGAGUGAGGAAUGUAGAGAUUAUGGAAACUACGAAGGACAGUACAAAUUAGAGGACGAAGAGAGUGAUAUCCGACGUGACUCUGGGUGUUUUCUGUCUUCUGCAGAACUACAGGAACCGAGGGCGUAACCGUGCUUAGGACGUCGACACACAUCUGUCUGGUGAAUGCGUGAACAUCUGGCUGGUGCAGCUGACACGCUGUCAAGAAUUUACGCUCUCCUAACAAGCCAUCAUCAUCCUCAUCAUCAUCAUCAUCCUCAUCAUCCUCAUCGUCCUCCUCAUCCUCAUCAUCAUCAUGGCCUUCACGCCCAUGCCAGGACUCAAUUUCUCUUCACGCCUCUCCAACACCACGUCCACCUCCGCGACCACGACUAUCCUAAGCAGCAAAGAAGGAACCAUAGUAGCAGCUGUGAUCCUAAGCAUCGCCUUCCUCCUCGGCAUUCCCGGCAACCUCUUCGUCAUCUGGAGCAUCGUGGCACGAACGCGACGCCCCUCGGUCACCACCACGCUCAUUCUCAACCUGGCCUGCGCAGACGGCAUGCUCAUGUUGCUCACGCCGUUCUUCGUCAUCUACCUCGUCCAGCGUUCCUGGCUCUUCGGCCAGACCAUGUGCAAGGUCCUGUAUUACUUCUGCUGCGCCAACAUGUACGCCUCCAUCUUCCUGAUCACGCUGAUGAGCCUGCACAGGCUGGUGGCCGUGGUGUGGCCGCACCGUCUCGCCACCUCAAGCAUGCGCAACGCUGUACGCCAAACACUUCUGGUGAUCUGGAUCCUGGCUUUAGCUCUGGCUGUGCCCGUUUUAAAGUUCAGGGACAUCAGCAACAGCACAGCGGGAAAAAUCGUGUGUGACUGUCUACACGACAAGCCCGGAUAUGCGGUGAUGCAGUACUCUAUGGAGACGAUCCUGGGCUUCUUGCUGCCGUAUGGCGUGAUCCUGGUCAGUUACAGACGGGUUCUUCUCAGGAUUCGCCACACGCGCUUUCAGAGACGCAUUCGCAGCGAGAAGCUCAUUCUGUUCAUCGUGCUCACCUUCGCACUCUUCUGGCUGCCGUACCAUGUCGUCAACGUGCUGCAGGUGACCGAAGCGUUCCUUGGGGACUCGGAUUCUAAGAUACACAAGAUCCGGACGCUAAUGAGGCCCUUUGCGGCUGCAGUGGCCUUCAUCAGCAGCUGCAUUAACCCCAUCCUGUACAUGUAUGUAGGAAAGGCGUACAUGCGCCGGGCGGGUAUGGCCUUCAUGGCGCGUCUCUUCGAGGCCACGGGACGCGAUUCGUCAUCUCGUAAAUCUCAGAACCAGCAGCGUGAGAUGGGAGAAAACGACGGACUGCGUGAUAAGGAGUCCGAAUCCACGACAAGCGUGAACACCAGCAGUAACGUCAAAACGACGCGCGUUCAAAAUGGGACGCGAGGAGACAUAUGAAACCUAGAGGAGUUGCUUCACGUGUCAGAUAAGAGGAAAGAAAUCGUUUUCACAGCAGCUCAUGAGGAGUUUUAUUCUGAUCCAGCAGAGCGACCGGCUGGUAGAUCAGGUCAAGACUGCCUCCUAGUGAUAGCUCCUGCUUCAUUGCUCCAGGGUUUCACGUGAAUGCCGGUCUCUCAUAGUUCACGUCUCUGUCCGUCAUGUGGCAACAAAAAGCUUCCUAUCACCCGUCGUACGAGCUGAGUGGAUCAGAGAAGAGCUGAAGUCCUGUCGCGCUGAGUGAAAAGGCUGUGUUUCAAUCCAAAAUGGCUGAUUUCACGGCAUUUUGGGAUUCAUUCGCCACCCGCCCCCCCUGCCCCCAAAAAAAAAACCUGUCUCAGGUCAUUUCACGUUAAUGGAUUUCACCUUCCGGUGAUUUAGAGGCAGAAAAAAUGAACAACAAAGCUGAAAACUGGAUUCACACCGGUGUAAAAUCUGGAAUCUUCAAACGUCCAAAAAAAAAAAAAAAAAAACCCAUACAGUUGCGAGCAAAAGUUUGUGCACCCUCGGGACAAAAAAACGACGAAGGGAAGACAAGACUCUUAUAAAUAGCGAGUAAACGUUAUGAGUGUAAACGUUCAGUGCGUCUCCUUUCUGAAUGUGAAAUCAAUGUUCUCAAAAAUAAAUUACGAAUGCCCUUGAUAUAUUUAUAUAUACACAGGCUGGUCACUUUAAUAGGAACACCUGGACAGAUUGAAGUAAAGAUCGUCUGGUCUUUUUCCGGUCUUCACCUGUCCGGUUUCGAUGAUCUCAUGCCCUCCGAUUCCUGUUCUUGGCUGACAGGACAGGAACCCGACGUGGUCUUCUACUCACCUGCCUCAAGGUGUCGAGGCGUACUGAGAUGCUUUUCUGCUUGUAGAGCGUUCCUGUCAGCUUGAAGCAGUCUAACCGUUCUCCUCGGACGCUCUCUCAUCAUUGCGGCGUUCCCGCUCUCUGAAAUGCUUCUCGCUGGACGUUUUUUUAUGGUUUUCACAUUAUUCUGUGUAAACUCUAGAGACUGUUUCAUGUGAAAACUGAGCACUGAGCUGCUGCCACAUGAUUGGCUGAUUGGAUAAAAGCAUGAAUAUGCAGGUGUGGUAUUUCUAUUCAAUUCAGUUUUAUUAGUAGAGCGCUUUUAACAACGGACAGUGUCUCAAAGCAGCUUUACAGAAACAUAUCAAUCCAGGAUUUACAUUUUAAAUGUAUGAAUUGAUCCCUAGUGAUGGUUUGAAUAUUUUAUAUGACUCGUGUCUCAGAGAGUGAUAUGCUCGUGUUGUGUUGGCCGGGCUUGUGCAAGAUCCUUUCGUUUGUUUGUAAUGUGAGAAACCGCAUAUGUACUAUGUACAGGAAACAGAAACGAUUAGUUCACAUCCUGACUCUGUUCUCUGGUCUGAGUAUUAUAUAUUCUGCAUAUAUUCUGUACCGGAUACACUGUAUUUCUUACAAUUUACAAAUUUGUGAAUUUCUGUAAUGAUGGUCCUUUAUCCAUAACACUGAAUCUGGUAAUAAAUAAGGCUCUCAUUUCAGAGCCUCAGCCUAUACGACUGUCACGUGACAAAAGACCCACUUGAGUUGUGUAUUAAUCAUUUCCAUUUCUAAUCACUUGUCCUUGGCUGCAUUAUCAUUUUUUUUCGCUACUGAGAAUACGAUCAAAGUUUGUGUAAGUAGAUGGUUUAGGGGAAUUGUAAAUGUAAACUUUUAAUUGAAAUCUGCUCAGUGGAACGAUACGAACGAAAUGAUCCAAUCACUAAUGUGUGCAGGUGUUCCUAUUAAAGUGGCCAGUGAGAGCAUAUCUGUAUAUCGUAUAUUAUUAAUCGAUUAAUCAUUCAAUGGCUAGUUUUAUUGUCUUUCUCAUCUUACGUGUUUUUCCCCCAUUCUCCUCACCACAUAUAUGGUAAUGAGGGGGGUGUGGCCAAAAAAAAAGUAAACUGCAUAUUUAUGUAUAUAGAUAUAUAAUGGAAUAACACUGUUUUAUUUUAUUUGAGGAAAUAAAACAAAAGAAAAUAAAUUUUAUAUCAUUUUUUACAUUUUAUUUUGAUCAUUUAAAUUAUUGAAUUAAUUUUGUACGUGGAUCAUCAGUCUGUUAGUAACCGGUUGUCCAACUGGAUCAUUGGGUUUGUGCAGUAUAUUA